CUUAGAUUCUUAGCUCACAAUUCUCCCAAUUAGAUGAUGACAACUAAGCUUGGAACUGUUGAACGACCUGAUGCUAUGGUAUAACACUGCUUUGUACUGCUUAAGAUGAACGGCAUCGCAUCUGAGCCGCCGUCCUUAGAUGAUGCUUACUAUAACCCUAUUCAGCAUCUCAACCUUCUCUUUUCCCAUCCUUCAACCGUAUCCUCCAUAAGUCGAGUAUCUUCAACACUACAAUCCCAACAUAAUGAACUCUCCGCCGAGAUCUCGAGCCUACAGACAGCUCAGGCCUACGGCCCCGACUCUUCCCUCGAACGCAUGCAAUCCGCCCAGGCCGAGCUAGCAGGUCUCUUUAAGAAGAUCGAGACAGUGCGCUCGCGCGCUAUACAGACCGAGCAGAAUAUCACAUCUAUGACUGCCGACAUUAAGCGACUAGAUGGCACGAAACGGAACCUCACACUGUCCAUGACGGCGUUGAAGCGCCUACAAAUGUUGACCACAGCGUACGAACAGCUUAGGGGCUUGGCUAAGACAAGACAGUAUAGAGAGUGUGCCAGCUUGCUACAGGCUGUGCUACAGCUCAUGCGCCACUUCAACAGCUACAGAAGCAUCGACCAAAUUGCCACGUUGAGCCGAGGCGUCGGCGAGCUACAGAGGGAGCUGCUGGAACAAGUAUGCGAAGACUUCGAGAUAGCAUUCGCCAAAGGAGAAGUUGGCUCUAGGAAGGCGACGCUGGUCGAGGCUUGUGGAGUCAUGGAUGCGCUUGGAGAAAAUGCGAGGGCAAGAUUAGUGACGUGGUAUGUGAAUACUGAGCUAAGAGAGUACCGCCAGGUUUUCAGGGGCAACGACGAGGCCGGCAGUUUGGACAAUAUCGGAAGACGAUAUGCGUGGUUCAAGAGGAUGGUGAAGGGUUAUGAAGAAGAACACUCUGGCAUCUUCCCACCGCAUUGGAGGGUUGGCGAGACUCUCGCUAUGGCUUUCUGCGACGGCACGCGAGACGACUACAAGGGCAUCCUAGAGAAGAGCAUGAGAACUAUGGGCGGCGCUAAGAUCGAUGUUAACCUGCUACUGGGUUGUCUUCAAGAGACCAUGGACUUUGAACAGACUCUUGAACGGAGGUUUUCUAAUGAGCCGAGAGCGAGUAUCGACACAAUUAGUUCAGCGGAUGAGAGGACACAGAGCUUUAACGGGUCAAUAUCCGUCGCAUUCGAACCAUAUCUUAGUCUAUGGGUAGAAUCCCAAGACAAGGCUCUGGCAGCUAUGAUGCCUAGAUACAAAGCCCAGCCCCUACUACCUGCCGACGAAGAAUUCUCUACACAAGCCGUCAUUAGUUCUGCGAUCGAGCUCUUCCACUUUUACAAACUUACCCUCUCCCAGUGCGCUAAGCUUUCGACAAGCGAACGAUUGUUGGACUUGGCGAAGAUAUUAGCUAAAUAUCUAGACGAAUAUGCGCAACAAGUGCUACUUGCGAUCCUGCAGAGACCUACGCAGACAGGGACAUCUCUCCAUGAUAUAAUUCUAGUAUUGAACACCGCGGAUUUCUGGCAUGCCAACACAGGACAGCUCGAAGAGAAUAUUAGGAAACGAAUCGACAAUGAGUUUGUAUCGAAGGUAGAUUUAUCAUCACAGGCCGAUGCGUUCUUGGGCGUGGCCAGCGCCGCAGUUAUAGCCUUGGUUAACAAAGUUGAGGCACAUUGUGAAGGUGCUUGGCGCGAGAUGAAAAAUACGAACUGGAGUAAGAUGGAAAGCGUUGGCGACCAGAGCUCUUAUGUCGGCGAGCUAGUCACACACAUCAAUGCUAAGACAGAGGAAAUUCUUGCCGUCGUAGUCAAGCAGCAAUACGCACGCGCCUUCGCUGACAAGCUAGUGGAGCAUCUAGCAAAUACAUACAUCAUCACUAUCGUCCAAUGUAGGCCCAUCUCUGAAGUCGGCGCCGAGCAAAUGCUACUAGACAAAUACGUCCUAACCAAAGCCCUGGAAACCCUCCUCUCGCACCAUAACCCAUCCUCAUCACAACCCCCACAGCCGUACGUCCCCCCAGCAGGCUUCGUCAAGCGCGUCAACGCAACAAUGACGCGCAUCGACCCUCUCCUCAAGACCCUCCAGGUCCGCCCUAGCCCACCCGAAGGCCUCGUUCAGGCGUACCUGAUCCACAUAGCCGACCGCUCCGACACCAACUUCCGCAAGGUCCUCGAACUCAAGGGUAUCCGAAAGCAGGACCAGGGUCACCUCAUGGAAUUAUUCGGUAUCCACCGCGACGGGCCUGGCGCAGGCUCUAAGCUCGCUGCGCAGAGCCCCCUACUUACUCCGCUUAUGACAGCCCCUGGACUCGGCGGCGUAGGUGUUGGGACCGGGAACCUGAAUCUCAUGAGCAUCGACCGUCCGGCUGCCGCACUAUCUACCGCCGCGCAAAGGUUCGAUGCUGCGAGUCUAGGCGAGAAAUUGUUGAAUGCGGCUAGAGAUGGCGUCGAGAGGAUAGGAACGCCGGCCGGGCACGAGGAGGGCGGUGGUGGCGGAAGUGGGAGCGGGACGGGAAAUAAUGCGGCGAGUAUCAACGAGAAUCUAAAGAACUUUGGGAAGUUCUUUAGACGGGAUAUAGGCGGCCUUGGCGCGAGGUUUGCGAAGAGGGAUGGGAGUGCUGAUGACCAUUAGGGGAGUAAGACUGACUGGAUGUGGUUCCCUUGUACAGAAUAAGGGGGUGGCCUGGCUAUCCGUGUAGGUAGUUGUGCUGUAGGCUAUUCACGGUGAUACUUUUGGCGUUUGGGUUUGGCUUGAGUGAUAUGAUUUCAUGCGGUGUCUUUGACGUAUUUCCAAAGAGAUUAGUAUGGACGGGGGUCUUGGAUAAGAAGCUGGGGCCUCGAAGAAGCUCGGUCCAUGAGGCACGGUUUUCAUCCCAGGCCUCGUACCAUAAUCAUCAGACACA